AUGGAUAGUCUGGGGGACGACGAUGUGGGUUUCGACUUGAACCACAUGAUGAUGAACCAGCAGCCGCAGCUCUUUGGAGGCUACUCGCAGAAUGGCUCCCAGAUGCCUGGCCUCUCUGUGGGGUCCAUGUAUCCCGACGACUCGGCAUUGGCCGCAGGAGAUGACGCCAAUGAUGCGAAGCGACGGAGGAUUGCGAGAGCUUGCGAUAUGUGCCGGAAGAAGAAGAUCAAGUGCGACGGCAAGAUGCCCAAGUGCUCGCACUGCAUCAACUACAAGACCGAGUGUGUCUUCACGCAGGUCGAGAAGAAGCGGAACCCUCCUAAAGGGGCCAAAUACAUUGAGGGCUUGGAGAACCGCUUGGGGCGCAUGGAAUCGCUCCUGCGGCUGUCCGGUCUCCUCUCCGAAGAUGACAAUGGAAAGACGGAUCUAGGGACGCUCGAAAAACGACUGGCCGAUCGAACAAAUGCCUUGAAUGCGGCGAGAAAUGCGAACAAGUUCAGCAUCCCGAAUGCAACCCAGCAACAGGCGUCUACCUCUUACAGUACUACACCCCGCAUGGACUCCCACUCCAGUCCGCAUACUGCCACGACAUCCCCAGAGUCACAAAAAGAGUCCGAGACCGAGGUCGAGGCAUUGUCGGAUAUGAUGUGUUCACUAGUGACCAAUAAUUGUGGCGAGACUCGAUACAUUGGAUCUUCAUCGGGCUUUUCCAUUUUCUCGCCCAAGGGUAUUCAAUGGGUCAACGAGAAGACGGGUGAUACAUCAUUCCAGGAUAUGAUUUCCUCGGCGUACGUCGAUGACAACAAGUGGAUGUACUGGAAGCCGGAGAUCUUCAGCGACAUUUUUGCGCGACGUGUGUUCAAACCACUUCCCCCGAAGGAAGAGGCUCUUUCUCUGUUCAAGGACUUCUUCGAAAAUUUCAAUUGCAUGUUCCCGCUCUUCCACGAAGCGACCUUCAUGCAUCUGGUGGAGCGACAGUACUCGCGGGAUCCGUACGAGGGUUCGGGGUGGUGGGCAAGUAUCAAUGUUGUAUUGGCUAUUUCCCACCGCCUGCGCGUGAUGAGCAACCUGGUGCCCCACGAAGAAGAUAAGAAAGCGUGGUUGUACCUGAAAAAUGCGAUGGGGGUCUUGACUGAAUUGACAAUGCGAAACACUGAUCUCCUAAGUGUUCAGGCGUUGCUUGGCAUGGCUCUCUUCCUUCAGGGCACUCCUAACCCGCAACCGGCGUUCUUCUUGGUCGCCGCGGCUAUCCGUCUAUCCCACAGCAUUGGGCUGCACAAGCGAGGCUCAGGCUUCGGCUUGAACCCGGUAGAAGUAGAACAGCGAAAGCGAGUCUUCUGGGUCGCCUACUGCCUCGAUAAAGAUAUCUGUUUACGGUCUGGUCGGCCACCAGUACAGGACGACGAUGACAUGAAUGUCGAGCUCCCAAGUGAUGACCCACCUGACAAUGUCGGGAAUGUCCCGCUCGCCGAUGAGAGAGGGAAAUUUAACCUCUUCAGAUCACUCUGCGAAUUCGCUACCAUCGAGAGCAGAGUGUACAAGAAGCUGUAUUCCGCCAAGGCUUCUAAACAGUCCGACGGUGAAUUGCUCAACACCAUUGGUGAACUGGACAAGGAGCUGGAAGACUGGAAGGACAACAUUCCCAUCGACUUCCGACCUGAAUAUGAAAUUCAAGCCACCCACGGACCACUCCUUAUCCACGUUGUUGUCCUCCACUUCUCCUACUAUAAUUGCUUGACUACCAUCCACCGCAUGUCCGUACACCACGGCUAUUGGACCAGUCGAUUAUCUAACUAUGCCAUCCAAGGCUUGAAUGCCCGGCCUUUAAACCCCAGAGUCUUCUUGUCGGCUGUCCUAUGUGUCACGGCUGCAAGGGCUUCGAUCAACCUGAUCAAGUAUAUUCCGCAGGGCGAUUUUGCAUGCGUGUGGUUGAUCCUUUAUUACCCAGUAUCUGCGCUUGUCACUCUCUUUGCCAACAUUCUUCAGAACCCGGGCGAUACCCGUGCUCGAUCGGAUGUCAAACUGAUGAAUGUGGUUGUCAACUUCCUCUCCACGCUGGUUUCCGACGAGUCUAAUAGCAGCAUCAAGCGCAUGCUCGGGCUCUGUGGCGAGUUUGAGAGAAUUGCCAAGGUGGUUAUCGACAAAGCCGAGAAAGAAUCUCAUGCACGCAAGAAGCGAAAGACUGCACCGGAUGGCUUUGUUCCACAACAAACACAGCACGAGACAAAUGAGCCGCAUCCUGACACCUCCCCAUUCGCCAAAGCCGCACGAACAUCUAAUAACACGUCCUUUUCGCCCUCUAUGUACUCCAAUCAACCCCCCGCUGCAGUCUCUUCGCCUAAUGGUCCCAACGCCUUUGGCAAUGACUCUGCCUUACCUCCGAGUACCGGUAUAUCCCAGGAUCUACCGAGUAAUGUGCAUGCCAUGUCUGGUGUGGAACCAGACUUCCCAGACAUGUUGAGUCCCGACCAGCUGGCCAAUGUCGGAUUCCCUGAUCAGUCCUUCGCGCCUACCAGUCCAGAUAUGGCGCCCUUCCAGCAACCAUUCGUCCCACAAGAUCUAUGGCAGAUGCCAAUGACAAUUGAGUGGGAUUGGGCGGACGUGUCGACAAAUUUCCCUGUCUUCGAAGGGGUCGGUGCCAAUGGUCAGCCCCCGCAGUAA